AUGUCUGAACAGUCUGACAUUCUAGAUAAAUUCGAUUUAAAUAAAUUUGUGAAAAUAAUUUCACUUUCCUCUGACUUAUGUCUUAGCUUUGCAAAAAAAGAUUCUGUGAACACCCAUGAUAUAGCGCUUACGAUUGACAUCUCGAAUGAGCAUUUACGAAGUUGGUACGAUUUAACACAAAAUGGAUCAUUGAGCAAGUAUUCGUUUGUAGAAAUCCUAAAUGCGUUUAUAUCAAAGCAUGGAGUUCAACUGCACGAAAGCGAAAGGAUUAAUAACAUACUUAGAAAAAGAUGUGGGGAUGCAAAAAAUAAAUGUCGAUCGCUUAAUGGACGUUUAAGGACUGAGUAUCUUGCUAAAGUUAAGCAUAUUACUGUUUUCAAACAUGAAGUAAUUAAUGCAGCUGAGACUCAACAGCUACUAACAGAAAACAACGAAUAUGUCAAAUCAUUAUCAGAAGAAAAUCGAAAACUAAAAGAAAGAUGUGAAGAGCUGUGGGCAGCAAUUGAAGAUUUAAAAUUUAGCAAGACAGCAACUGAACAAAAACUGGACAGUAAACAGGAAGACUAUGAGUUAGUUUUCGAGCAAAAUAAGGAACUGUCGGGUUAUCUUGAUAAAGCUAGAUUUUCUGUUGAGUUUAAAAAUUCAGGGAAAGAAAUCUUAGAGGUUGGGAGAAGGCAACAAAAUCGGAAACUGUUGGAGCUUAAAACAUCAGUAGAGAAAAGCUUGUGGUUUGCAGAAACAUUCGGACUAUCAUUAAAAUCAGUGUCAUUCACUGACAAAUCUGGGUCAGACCAUUCCUUGACAUACUGCAACGUGCCACAAAGAAAGAGCUAUAAGGACUUCUCGGAAGAAGAAAAGACCACGGUUAAAGAAAUCUUAUUAAUUGUUGACAGGUUCUGCAUAGGGGAAGGUGCUUACCACGAAUUAACUAUGAUACCCGCUGGCAUGGCAUUACCACGUUCCUACCUAAUCAAACAAUGCAAAGAAUCAUUGAAUUCGAUUACCCACAUAGAACACACACCAGGAGAGGCUGAAGGGGCCCAACUUAACUUCUACGAUGCCCUUAGUAAUGAGAUCAAGAAACAUGUAAGAAAAUGUCUAAAAAUUAUUAUAAUUAUUAUAAUAUACUGAAUAUAAUAUCUCUAUAGUAUGUUUUGUAAUUGUUAGACUUUCUCUGUUAUUUUACUAUUCGUAAAAUUCUGGUAACAAACUAUAGGUCUAUAUAUUAAAAAUGAGUAAAAAUAUCAGCUUUUACUACCUUCAUCAUUAAAAACAGUAGCAAAUAUAGUCAUUGUCUAUCUAUUUUUCAGAUGCAAAAGUGUACUCUUGAUGGCCUGGAUAUCCCAGUGAAAUACAACAUUAAAUUUAGCGGGGAUGGGGCUAAAAUGACCCGAUUAACCGGGUUUAUUAUAAUUUCAUUUUCAAUUUUGAAUGAUGGGGGAACUGCAAUGGCAUCUAAAGGUAAGUUAUUUCUUUCCUAUAUAAUACAUGUGAUACUAUGCAUGUAUACUAUGUAUGUAUGUAUGGUAUGUAUGCAUGUGUGGUAUGUAUGUGUGUAUGUGUGUAUGUAUGUAAGUGCGUACAUAUACAGACCGCAUGUCUUGUUUUUUUUUCUGGCCUUCUAGGGAAUCAUACAGUUGCUGUGAUAAAAGGACAGGAAUCUUAUGAGAUUCUUAAAUCUUCUUGUGCAAGGAUCUUUAGUGAUGUUAACAAGAUAGUUGAGGAGGGAUUCAUUAAAGUCAAUGAAAAUCAAGUACCUGUGGAUAUUUUCCUUGGCUCAGAUUACAAGGUGCAUACGGCAUUUCCUCUAUUUAGGCCCCAGCCUCUUUUUAGCCCGCAUUCUGAUAAGCCCCAACCCAAAAGCUAGCACGUAAAUUAGCCCCCACCCUCUACUUAGCUCCUACCCUCUAUGUAGAAUUAGCUAUUUUACAAAUAAAAAUUGAUAUAGUGGAAUAUGUUAUGUAAUUUACCAUGUUCAAGGAACCAACUUUGGAUGAAAAUUUAUUAAGCCCCUACCCUCUAUUUGCCCCCCCCCCCUUCCAAUAAGCCCCCACUCAAAAGGUGGCAAAAGAAAUGAACACCCAGGGGGCUGAAUAGAGGAAAUACGGUAGUUAUUAUUUUUAUGGACAAACUUCACUCACAUUUCUGUUACAUAUUAAAUUUAUUAAAAUAGUCAAGCAUCUUGAUGAGUGACCCCUCUUUAUUGUUCUGUUCUGGGUAAUCUAAAUGUUUUACCCAGCUGGCCUAUUUUCUUGUACCAUGCUAUGCUCUGCCAGGUGAUAUUUUUCUUACACCGGAUAUUAAAUUAGAGCUGAAACCUCACAUCUUAAUGGGCAAUGUUUAAUUUUAAAUUGGAACCAUUUAAGGUGUUGUAAAGCUGGAAAAAAUAAACUUGUAAGCAUGGGAUGCCAGUAGAAUGUUUGUUUUGUAUACUAAUCUUCAAUGAUUUGUUUAAAUAAAUAGUUUCUUCUGUUGUUGUUGGGAAUGAAGGGAGCAUGCUCCGACCAUGCUUGUAUCUGGUGCAAAAUCCACAGAUUAUUAAGGUAUAAAUAUAUGCAAAAUUGGUGAUGCAUAUAUAGUGUAUGGUUUAGGCCCCGUUUACACUAUACCGGAUUACUAUCGUAGCGGGUACAAUUUAACAGCUAGUGAAGUUCUGAUGAAAUUUUAAACGACAGUGACACAAAGAGACGUACAAAAACUACCAAAUGAGUAAACCUUUGUUGGUAAACAUUGCUCGUAAACAGCAAACUAAGAUGUCGUGACAAGCGAAUCCGGUAUAGUGUAAACGGAGCCUUAAUCUACAGUGUACACGACUAUAUAAAAUAAACAAUCUAACCUUUUCCUCCUUUGACUUUCAAGAUACGAUAUGACAAAGUCACAAGAUUUUUAUUUGAUUGGUGAUAUUAAAAGAACACUGGAGGAUAUUAAAGCAUGCUGCCUGAAGAAACAGUUUUCCUGUGAACGCCCUCCACUUCUUAAUAUUCCCGUGGAGAAUAUCGUCCUCGAUGAACUCCAUUUGAUGUUGCGAGUUACAGGUAAUUUACUGUACGAGACAUAUUUGUCGCCCAAGCCGGAAAGAAUGUGGCAGUGCAAGCUAAUAAUUAGCUUAAUGUAUAAUUAAUUUUGAAUAAUGUGUAAUUAUUAUUUAAUCUUCUUCAGAUAAGCUCAUUGAUAAUUUAGUGAAGGAAGCACUACAAAGAGAUUUCAAGCAAAAUUUGAACAAGGCUCCUCGUGAUCGUCGGUCGUAUCAUCUUGACAAUCUUAUUCAAGCCAUUUCAAGUUGUGGUGUGUCAUUUUCCGUAUGGGAAAAGAGAAACGCUGAUGGAAAGGGUAGCGGCACAUUCGACUUCACUAGUUUAAUGGGUAAUGACAAAAAGAUUUUGCUUGAAAAGCUUCCUCAAAAGUUGGAAGGUGUUAUCAGUCCAGCUACAAGUGCUACUGUGAUCAAGAUAUGGGAGGUUUAUAUGAUUUUGUAAUUUUAUAAACUCUUAAAAGAUAUCAUUCUUGCUAUGUCACUGAUAGCAAAUAAUUCCUUUUUGAUAGAAUUUCAAUGACAUAUAUCAGAACUUCAUACUGAAGGAAGACAUAUCAGAAUCAGAAGUAAAUUUAUAUUUUACAAAGGUACAAAAUUAUAGAAAAAAGGCAUGCAGUUUUAGCAAAAUAACAAGAAAAUAUUUCAGGCUUGGGUCAUCACUCAUGGGGUUGCUUUUAUAGGGGGGUGGGCCAGUUUGCAAAUUUUUUGGGAGGUGGGGGGGGUGCAAAAUAUUUUUAGUGUGGUGCAAGCAAUUUAGGAGGGCUGCAAAAAUUUUUGGGGGAUGUCCAACCCCCUGCACCACUCCAGAAAAUCUGCCUAUGGUAACCAGCAAUGUGCACCUGCCCUACACAUCCAAUUUUUUCAGUAUAAAUAUUUCACUCCAAUCAAUGCCAGUGACUCUAGUUGUAUUUCUUUUUUUUGCCAUUAACAAUUAGGCUACAGCCUGGGUAACAUUAUUUUUAUCACUUGGUGGACAGCUGGAGGGGUAUGGAAAACAAUGCAUCACACCCUAUAUUCAUGCAAUGGUCUAUCAUGUGCCUCAGUUUAUGAAGUUGCACAAGGGAAUACGAAACUUUUCAGGGCAAGGUGCUGUAAAUGAAUUUGUUUUAUAUACAGUGUAGAUACAGUACAUGUAUUAUAGACAUUACCAGACAUUACUCAAACACUUGCCACAAAUGUAAAAUUUUUACUACAUGAUGUAGAUUGAUUGAUUGGUGUUUAUACAAACUUUAGGUGUUGAAAAACUGAAUGACAAUUGCAGGAGAAUUCAUUUAGAAAAAUCCAACAAAUGGGAUGCUGCGAAGGACGUUUUGCUUGCUGAAGAAAGGCUAAAAAAUUUAAGCCACCUGCAGAGAACACCAAGGCCAUAUAAAAAAAAGGCAGAUGAAUACUGGUCUACGGGAAUUAAGGAAAGUCGGAGCAAGCGGCCAAGAUUACGUGACCAAGUACAGCCUAGCGAAGCAGAGAUGGACGAAGAAGAUAUGUCCACACUUACUGCUAACGAACUUCGAAAGCGCCUAAAAGAUAUGGGCAUCAAAACUGCAGCACGAAAUAUCGACCGACUUCUAGAUAUGUACCAUAUAGCUAUGCAGUGA